AAAUUAUCGACCCAAGUCGAUUACACAAUUACUAAUAAGCAAACUUGGAGUAGUUUAUAAAAUAGCGUAAUUUUUUAUAAAUAAAAGGAAAUCUUGAAAUCUUUGGAUAUUCACUAUGAGCGGGGCACAUCGUGAAGCUGUACAAAAACAAAUACAUCAAGAUUGGGCCAACAGGGAAUAUAUUGAAGUUAUUACGGCCAGUAUAAAGCGUAUCACAGACUUUCUAAACUCUUUCGAUAUGUCAUGUCGUUCACGCCUAGCUGUUCUAAAUGAAAAGCUGACUACAUUGGAGAGGCGAAUAGAUUAUUUGGAAGCUUGUGUGGCAACAGGAGAAACAUUGACAUAAGGAGGCCUUCCUAGAAAAGAUAUAACAAUAAUUGUGACAAAAAAAAUACAAUGGAGUAUUCAGCAAAGAAUUGGAUGGUAUAGUUUGUUAGUAUAUAAUAAUGAUGGAGCCUAUGUCGGUCAACAACUUUGUAUUGGAGUUUGCGGCAUGCAAUCGUCAUUUGUGUCUUCACAAUAGUUACAACUCUUCUUUAUCGUCUUUAUAUAUAAUUACAAAAAUAAAUAUAAAUUUUAAGUUUAUUAUAUGCUUUACACAAAAAAAACACACACAGAGGCAUAAAAUGUGAAAAUAUGAUUCCCUAGUAAUGCAUUUUUUCUACAAUAAGUUUACAAUAAUAAAAAAAUUAAGAUACAAA